CUAUUAUCCCAGGAGGUCAACCUUUUCUCUUAACCUUCCAUUUGGCGUUAUAGACAUGUAAGAGACAGUUUAUUCAAUUCUAAUUUGCUUGUUUUAACUGUCUAAGGACAUUGCUUUUUGGACUGGGGGAUGACACAGACUGGUGAUGGAUUCUGCCAGGAGGCCCUGUUUCAUAACCGUGUGUUUGUGGGUACUGGCAACCACCUGUCUUCCAUAUUCCGGCUCCCAGAGCCCCAGCCUGUGGGGUAAGAAGGCGGUGUUCUUGGGCCGUCCAUGUAUGUGGCAGCUGAGUAAGGAGUGUGUAAUGCCCCUCCUGGAAGAGCUCAGUGUGUGUGUGCACCUGUGCCGGAAGAUCGCGACGCCUGAGUGGACCGGCUUUGUGUACAAGGCGCCUGGCAACAGGCAGGUAGAGCUGGGGCUUGCAGGCCGGGGAGGGCUCCUGGUGGCAUGGCUGUUUGGGCAUGAGUGGUCGGUACCAGAGGACCUGCCCCUGGAACACUGGCAAAACGUCUGCCUCACCUGGUCCAGCAACUCCGAGAGGCUCAGACUCUACAUCAAUGGGAGCAGUCGCCUGGACGCCCACGUUAACGCCAGCCUGUCCCGGCAACUGGCCCACAAUGGCACCCUGACCCUGGGGGUGUCCCAUAACAUAGUAGAUGGGGUGAUGGAGUUUGAGGAUGGGAAGAACUUCCUGGGGGACAUAAGCCUGUUCAGGAUGUGGGGGCGGGAGCAGACGGCUGAGGAGGUGAGGGCCCAUAGCUGUGCCGAUGGGAACGUGGUGAGCUGGGACACCCGUGACUGGGACUACCAGAGCUGCCUACCUGAAGAUGACACUAGCCUCCAGUGUGCAUGGUCAAUGUUCAAAAUUAAAAUGAAGGCCGUCAUAGCACAACGGCACCCUCUUGACAAGCCUGUCAAUUCCCCAGAGGACAUCAUACGCAAAUGGCUGGGGACCAUAUUUCUUGGGAACAUUUCUGUGCGUGACAUCUUUGUGUCAUCUCCAAGCCAGAUCUGUCAAGUGGGCUAUAAUCCUAGUGUGCGAAACACAGAGAAAGCUCAGGAAUCAAGAAAAAUGGAGUUCAACUCAACUUCUGACAAGUGUGUCAGCUGUUUGGUUUAUGUGAGUGUUAGUCCUGAGACUGAUGUUGGAGCGGCCCAGAAUGAUAUCUUUGGAAAGCUGAGUCUAGCCUUCACCUCUGGCCAAGUCACCCUUAUUGCAGACCCCAGCAGCCUCAGUGUACGCCCCAUAGGGGCUUUCCCCAAGGCAACAACUUCUCCUCCCACUGACACCAACACCACUGCUGGCUCACCAACCAGCACCACUGCUGGCUCACCAACCAGCACAACUGCUGGCUCACCAACCAGAACCACUGCUGGCUUACCAACCAGCACCACUGCUGGCUCACCAACCAGCACCACUGCUGGCUCACCAACCAGAACUACUACUGGCUCACCAACCAGCACCACUGUUGGCUCACCAACCAGCACCACUGUUGGCACACCAACCAGAACCACUGCUGGCUUACCAACCAGAACCACUGCUGGCCCACCAACCAGAACUACUACUGGCUCACCAACCAGCACCACUGCUGGCUCACCAACCAGAACCACUGCUGGCCCACCAACCAGAACUACUACUGGCUCACCAACCAGAACCACUGCUGGCUCACCAACCAGCACCACAGCUGGCUCACCAACCAGCACCACUGCUGGCUCACCAACCAGAACUACUACUGGCUCACCAACCAGAACUACUACCUUCUCACCAACCAGCACUACUGCAUCAGACCCUGGCUCUCCUUCAGAAACACACCAACCAUCCAUUGGAGUGCCUGCAAAUCCCACUGGCCUGUCUACAACCAGAGAAUCUUUAGACUUCAAUUCAACAAAACCUGGCAUUGCAUCCACCUUCUACAGAGUUAAUGUGAAACUGAAUAUGACAACGACUGUAACUGGCAACGACCCAGGGGAGACCAUUCAGAAGUGGGUUCAGAGAAACCUUGGGAAAGUCAAGAUGAACGUAUUAAACAUCAAUAUUUUAAACUCGACUUCUAAAGUCAAUGAUCUUAAAAAGAUUCAAGAACUGGAGAUGACUGCUGAGCUGGGACAUGAGAAAAGGUUUAGAUGUACCUUCCAGGUUGAGGAUGCUGAUGCACGUAAUGUCACGACCACUCAAACACUGAUCACUGACCUUCUGUCUGGGAACCAUGUUGCUGAAGAGAUCCAGGUUGACCGCAGAGAUGUCCACGUUUCACAUAUAGAUCCUGGGAGCUGUCCUAAGGACACCCAUGAGAGUUUCUGGGGCGUGUAUAAAUGGCCAAUCACAGAGGUCCAGGUGACAAUAACUAUGAUCUGUGAGAAGAACCUUGGAUCAAGGGCUUCCAGGAAAUGUGAGUUAGAUGGAGUGACUGAGAAAGCCAAAUGGGCUAAGCCAAACCUGAAGGCAUGCAAGCCGGUAAUCACCAUCUCUGAUCUGGAUAAAGUCACCGUCACAGCAAACAACUCAGCAGAUGUGAUGGACAUGAUUGAGGACCUCCUGGGUGACGAGGGGGACCUGAGUGACUCCCAGCUGGCCACCGUGGUCCAGAAGCUGGAUGAGGUUCUGUGGGUCAGCACGGUGACCCCUCAGCUCGGCAGAGAUAUUGUCAACAUCGUCGCUGACAUCCUGGUGUCCAAUUCUGACCUGUCAGCGGUCGCCAAUGAAAUUCUGGGUAUCACAGACAGCAUUGGGGACCAGAUGGAUUUCCCCGAGGAGUCACUAAAUGUGACCGUCCCUUCCCUGGCCCUCUCCAUGAUCAACGUAGAUCCAGAGCAGUUCCAGGGCCUCACGUUUGGUGUCUCCUCGUUUUCGACUGGCCUUGUUCCAGAGACCUAUGUCAACCAGACGUUCUUGAGUCGGCCUUGUGAUGGCACAGUUGCAUCCAUCUCCCUUCCGCAGUCCCUUCACAACUUCUUCCCCCAGGGAAACAAAAAAAAUAGAGUUCAGUUCCACUUCUAUGGCAUACAAGAGCUUUUCAAGGACCCAGCAACCAACUGGACGCUGAAUAGUUAUGUGGUGUCUGCCAGUGUCAACAACAGCAAUGUCAGCAACCUCAGGGAUCCCGUGGUGGUGACACUUCGUCACCUCAAGCCUAAAGAGAAAAACGACAACGUGGAGUGUGUGUACUGGGACUUCCAGAAGAACAAUGGGAGCGGUGGAUGGGACAGCAAAGGCUGUGAGACACUUCCAAGUAUCUCCGCUUAUCAGACCACCUGCCAAUGCUACCACCUGACCCAUUUCGGCGUGCUCCUGGAUGUGUCCAGGACUCCUAUCGGUGAGGCUGACCAGGAGAUCCUGACGGUCAUCUCUUACCUGGGCUGUGGUGUGUCCUCCAUCUUCCUGGGCAUCAGCCUGCUCACCUACGUGGUCUUUGAGAAGCUGCGUAGCGACUACCCAUCUAAGAUCCUCAUCAACCUUUCUGUGGCUCUGCUGGGCCUGAACCUAGUCUUCCUGCUGGACUCCUGGCUGUCCUCCUUCGGCAGCUACGGUCUCUGCAUCAGCACGGCAGCCACGCUGCACUACUUCCUGUUAGCCUCAUUCGCCUGGAUGGGCCUGGAGGCCAUCCACAUGUACUUCGCUCUGGUCAAGGUCUUCAACGUCUAUGUCCCCCUCUACAUCCACAAGUUCUGCGCCCUCGGCUGGGGCAUUCCUCUGGUGAUUGUCAGCAUGGUCCUGGCCGUAGAGAAGGAUGCCUAUGGCAAUGUUCUAUCUGAGGCCUCCCUUGACUCUCUACAGGGCUCUGAGCCAUUCUGUUGGAUGCAGAGUAAUGUUUUCUUCUACGUCACGGUCGUGUCGUUUGUGCUGCUGGUCCUGGUUUUUAACGUGGUCGUGUUCAUUGUGGUUCUGGUCCAAAUCCGCCACAUGCAGACCAAUAAGCCUGCAGCAACAGGAAACAAGCGCUGUGUCAUGCAUGAUUUUAGAGCAGCGGCCAGUCUCACCUUCCUAUUGGGUCUCACCUGGCCAAUAGCCUUCUUUACCUGGGGACCAGCCAGGGUCCCUAUGCUCUACCUCUUCUCAGUCCUCAACAGUCUGCAAGGGUUCUUUAUCUUUGUGUUCCACUGCCUGAUGAAAGAGAAUGUGAGGAAGCAGUGGAGGAUCCAUCUGUGCUGUGGCCGAUUCAGGCUCAAUGACUACUCAGAUUGGAGCCACUCCAUGACGAUGGGCAGCAAGACCAAGCAGAACCAGCUGGUGCACCGCUCUCCAUCUGUCAAGUCUGUCAACACCUCCUCUAGGAAGAUCUCUGAUGACUCCACUACAGCUAGCUGUAGCUCUGGCACACCCUACCAACAGGGGGCCUAGUCUACUGUAGCUCCACCACGGGGCCUAGUCUAGCUCCACCAGGAAGCCUAGCUCCACCAGGGGGCCUAGCCUAGCGCCACCAGGGGGCCUAGCCUAGCUCCACCAGGGGGCCUAGCCUAGCUCCACCAGGGGGCCUAGCCUAGCUCCACCAGGGGCCUAGCUCUACCAGGGGGCCUAGCAUGGCUCACAGGACAGGGACACUGAACUUUACACAACAUGUGCUAUAACAUCCUUCAUCUGAAACAAUGGGAAAAGCUUGAGCUCAGGACAUCAUAGCAGACACCUGAGUUCAGUCCAUUCUGAAUUGCACUGUCGUAUGUCUCUCUGCAGUGCAGUCUCAACUUCCUCAGGAGAUAAACAUAAUCUAGGUUUAAGUGUUUGCCUGUUCUGUGCAUUAAAGGACACAAACUCUAUGAAUGAUGUGUAUUGUAAGUGGACUAUUGUUGUAGUAAAUGAUCAAUAUGUUGGUACCUUGUGCAUUCUAUCUGGUAAAUUGCAUUCCUCUUCUCCAUAAUGUGUUUCUGUUUAUCUUUUCAUGAUGUUAAAUUAAAAUCUUUUGCAAAUAAAGAAGAGGAAUGAAAACCUUGAAGUGUAAA